AUGAAGGUGGAAGGAAAAGGUGCGAAAGGAAUCAAAGGCAAGGGGAAAGGCAAAGGAUUAGGGAAGAUUGGGGGAAAACAAAAGAGACGGCAUGUUAUCAGGGAAAAUAUACAAGGAAUCACCAAGCCGGCAAUUAGACGUUUGGCCCGUAGAGGUGGAGUGAAAAGACUGAGUGGGCUGGUGUAUGAUGAAACGAGAAAUGUCCUGAAAUCGUUCUUAGAAAAUGUUGUAAGAGAUGCGGUUACAUAUACUGAGCAUGCAAGGAGAAAAACAGUAACGGCACUUGAUGUGGUUUAUGCGUUGAAACGCCAAGGAAGAACGCUUUAUGGAUUUGGAGGCUAA